AUGUGUAACCGCCAGUUCACGCUCACUUUACGUACAACGUACAACCGUCGCAGGGGUACACCGAGCACGCCUACCUCGAUAAUGCCCGCUGGGUGCAGGCGGCCGAAGGGCUGGUACCGCCCGAUGCGGUCGUCGGGGCUACGAAGGCGAAGUGACGUUCAUCGGGCGGGCGAAGCAUCGCGGCUCGAUCGUGCCGGGCCGGAUCGUACCCUCGAAGAAGGCGUGCUGCGUCGUGUGGGGUGGCGAGGAGCACACCAAUCCGACUACCAGGUGCUGUGCGGGUACGAGGGCCACUUCGUACACGUCGGUGGCGGCUACAUCCCGAACGGAGCGCUGCGGGGCGGUGUGUCCGAGCACGGCAAGCCGCUCUACAUUGGGCUGGUGCGCCUGGGAUCGACGACGGUCGUUGGCAAGGUGCAGCCGGAGCACUCCUGCUGCUACAUCGCGGUCGGUGGGGUCGAGAAAGCUUUCCGCGAGUACGAUGUUUACGUUCCACUGCCGGCUUUAAUCAACCAGUGCCUGGGCGCUGAAAGCGCAACGUUUUCACGUCCACCCUCCGGGAACAUGACAUGA